CUCUACUUACACACCUCUCUAAAGGACACACGGCUUCUUUCAUUAGCGCUGGAUGCGUCCUCGGGCGUGUUUCCAGUAUAACGGCCCGGUCACACCAGCAGUUGAUCUUGUCUUUGCUCGCCGCCAGUGGUUUAACUCCUCACCUUGCUGCAGUGAUGUACAGGUGGACUCCAGGACCCAGUGACAUCACUGUUGGAUGUGGUUACAGGUGCAACAGAGCACAUUUAUGACCACACCCAUCAGUGAUACUGGGUGUAGUCGGAGGUAAAACAGGUAAAACAACUUUCAAGAGUGCAGCAAGUCGUUGCUUUUCAGCUGCUGUUAUCUCUUGCGUUGAGUUCAACUUUGGGGAACUCUUGACACUGGAUUUGUGCUGUUGACCAAUAGCAAGCCGUCCUGACAGAGCUGACCUCUGAGUGGACGGAGAGUCCAAAAUGGAGGAAGCUAUCGUAGCUUAUUAGCUGUGUGUCACCAUAAAGUUUUACUGAAGCUCCUCUGUCAGAGUAUAAACUGCUCCACCACAGAGACCUGGUUAGCUAACCGCUAACCGCUACUGUGCUAUGCACUAUGUUCCAGGCUGGCUAGCUUGUUAGCCAUUAGCUUGCCAGCUACAGUAAUUUACCAGCUAGUCAUGCAAGAGGUCACUACGUCACCACGCCUGUUUUGAGCGGACGCACGGUUUAACUUUGCUGAGAUACUCUCUGGUGUGACCGGGCCUGAACGUUGAGGAAUGGUGGCAGUGUUUGACAUUCAUCACAGAAGAAACAUGUUUUUUUUUUUUUUUUGCUGGUUUUGUUUUUGUUGUUGUAACUUCAGUUUCUGGGUCCACAUGAUCAAGAGAUCAUCUCCUGAAAAACGGGGUUUCCAGGCAGAACAGUUGUAGCUCAGGACAUUGAAGAUUUGGGACCUUGACCAAACAUCAGGGACAGAGAAGCAGACGAGGUCCUGAACGAGUUAAAACCAGGUUCUGGUUUCACAAAGACUCUGAUUCAGGCUUAAAUCUCCCUCUGAAACAAACUUUCAGGCUUUAGCCCUCUGAGUUCGUCGGUUAGACGGAUCAGGACUAAUUUGCUGUGAUUUCUGGGUAAAUUGUAACCUGAUAGUGAGUUUCUCUUGAUUCUCCAGUGAGACAAGUUGUUCCUGGUAGCUGUUUUCUGUUUUUACUUUGUCUCAACCAUCAGUAACACUGACAUAUCAGCCCCGCCUUUUUCAGUCAACAUAGAAGCUACAGCAGAGGUUGCUAGCAGCAGUUAGCUUAACCUUCAUCACAACGAUUGACGAAAUAUGUCGAUUUAAGGUUUAUUUCUGUAAGUCGACUCCCAACAACCUGCACAGCUGCAAACAUCUCGUCCACACCAGAAGACAUUUGUGUGGCACUAUUCUUUAUGGAUGCUAAGUAGCUAGCUAUGUAGGAAGAUGGCGCCCCCAUUCUUAAUGUGGCCUACAAAGCUCUGAUUGGCUUGUUUCUUUUUCCAACCAGGUAAACAGCUGUCAGGGAACACAACACCAGACCUGUUUGUGGGCGUCUGGAUAAAUUAAGUCUCUUUUCAAACCAAAAGUAAGAAAAUGGCCGACUGAGCUUUGUUCUCUCCAACAGAAGAGAAGUGUUUAAGCAGCUUCCUGUGAGACUGACAGACAGAAACGCUGUAGUCUUCAUUUUGUUUGCAACUCUCUAAAGUUGUGUUCAGGCUGAACGCAGGGCGAAUUUUAGAGCCGAUGCUUUUGCAUAUGAAAUCAAAGCAAAGACGUAAGUGGAAGUGAAUUUGCUCGGGAUGGUGCGAAUUCAUUCGUGUUCAAAAUGUCUUGAGUGAAAAACGCUUCCCAAGGCUUUGUGACUCUAAUUUCUGAGGACACGAAUAAAAGUACUGGCCUGGAGGAAAAUAACCCAAAGUACAGGAGUUUCUGGUGAGUCGAACAUGUAGAGAACGUUGCUAGCUAGCUAAAGCUAACGUCCGUACAGAUGGCUAAAUAUGGCGCAUUUACACAGAUUAAAUGAACACAAAUGAAGUGAGAUUAAAAUUCGCUUUGCAUUCAAUCUGAACACACGAUACUUCUUAGAUUACAGGCUUAAUUUAGGGAUCUGCCUUCGAUCCAGAGUACCUGUCGGCAGGUCAGGUCCAGAUGUGAUUAUCAGCAGCAGCUCAACAUCAGGAAGCCGUUUGUGAUCAUUUGUCCGUUCAGUGUGUGUUGUGAACACAACGUUAUAAAUCACCUGCUCCUGUGUUUUAAAUGUGAUGAUAUCACUUGUUUUAAUGCGAGACAAACCUUCACUGUAACGCUGAGCGUUUCCACAAGUUAACACCAGAAGAACCAACACCUGUAAUAAAGUUUGGGUGCUUUGGCGUCGGACAGGCUGGACAGAGCGGACCAGGAACCUGCAGGGACCGGGACUACCGAUCGGGACUACCGACCGGGAGGCAGAGCGGACCGGCACAGCGUUAUUUUGCAGCGGUUUCAGAGCUGAGAGGCCCCGGAGAGAUACCGAGCGGCUCGCUGCAGUGGAGGCGGGCUGUGGUGGACUGCUGGCGGCUGCAGCUCCAGGCUGCGUCCCGCUGAACGGCGGAGGACUGACUCAGAGACAUGUACCAGGUCCAGGGGAAAGGGGAAAGGGUCGUUGCCAUGGUGCUGAAGGAGCUUCCUGGUAAAAAGGCAUCCUCAGAAGGAAACCCCCUCCUCACCGUGACAACCAAGCUGGUCCGGGAGCAGCAGGAGAGCCGACCCCUGCUGAGUCCCUCCAUCGAUGACUUCCUGUCGGAGAGCCGCAGCGACACCGCCUCCUCCCGACCCCUCACCUCCAACACAGCAGUUCUGUCCACAGCUCUGGACCUGGUGGACCUCAGUGAGCCGGGGGAGAGCAGCGGGGGCAGCAGCGGGGGCAGCAGCGGGGGCAGCAGCGGCAGCAGUAGUGUCGGGGGCAGCUGCAGUAACAAGGACCAGAGGAGGAGCCCUCUGAGGAGGAAGGGCAGCUCGAGGAGCCCUCGACGCCGGACAAGACCUGACGAGACGGAGCUGAUCCAGGUGGAGGUGGAACACCUGCCUGCCAGUCCCAGAACACCUGAGCGGAUCUCACUGGACUCAGUCAGUCUGUCGUCUCCUCUGGACAAAUGGGACGAGGUGAACCUGGACGUGGAGGACGGAGGACGCAAGCGAUACGAGCAGAGAUGCACCUCCCACCACUCCUCCAGUGAACUGCUGUGGUCUGCAGAGUUUAAAACUGAUCCUCUGACAAAGACCUCCUUCGACAUCCACAGCUUCGAUGAUCUCGACUUCAUAUCUUCAGCGCAGGACUGCGGGGCGUCCAGACAGCGCAGGCGGACUCGUUCCCUGCUGGCCAGAAAAGAGUCUCUGGAGGACGAGUUCGUCAGAGCGAAGGCUGCUGUUGAGUCGGACACGGAGUUCUGGGACAAGAUGCAGGCGGAGUGGGAGGAACUGGCUCGCAGGAACUGGCUGGAGGAGUCUGAGGGCCAGGGGCCGAUCCCGCCCACCGUCUCACCUGCGGAGAAGGGUUACUACUUCAACACCAACAACCCGUACAGAGACUGGCCCAACGCCUUCGCUGGGGGUCAGGAGAAAGCUCGGGAGGGAGACCUGAACGCUGCCGUCCUGCUGCUGGAGGCCGCCAUCUUGCAGGACCCGCAGGACUCUGAGGCCUGGCAGGUUUUAGGAAUGACUCAGGCUGAGAACGAGAACGAACAGGCCGCCAUCGUGUCGCUGCAGAGGUGUCUGGAGCUCCGCCCCAACAACCUGCCGGCUCUCAUGGCGCUCGCCGUCAGCUUCACCAACAGCAGCAUGCAGCGGGAGGCCUGCGACGCUCUGCGCCGCUGGAUCAGCCACAACCCCCGAUACAAACACCUGGUCCUGGACCGCAGGAGCCCGCUACAGGGCUCCCCGGCCACGCCUCGCAGGGGCCCCCACACCUCCACACCAGCCAGGUCUGAGCUGCAGGACGUGCUGCUUCUCUUCCAGGAUGCGGCUCUGUUGAAUCUGGACUGUGUGGAUCCAGAUCUGCAGACCGGACUGGGAGUCCUCUUCAACCUCAGCUCCGACUUCAACAAGGCUGUGGAGGCUUUCACUGCAGCGCUGUCUGUCAGACCACAGGACUACCUGCUGUGGAACCGUCUGGGUGCCACGCUGGCGAACGGCGACCGCAGCGAGGAGGCGGUGGAGGCGUACACCAGAGCUCUGGAGCUGCAGCCCGGAUUCAUCCGGUCCAGAUACAACCUGGGGAUCAGCUGCAUCAACCUGGGAGCUCACAGGGAGGCGGUCAGUAACUUCCUGACGGCUCUGAACCAGCAGAGGCAGAGCCAGCGCUGCAGCCACCAGCAGAUGUCGGCUAACAUCUGGGCCGCCCUGCGAAUCGCCGUCUCCAUGAUGGACCGACCCGAGCUGUUCCAGGCCGCCAACGUCGGGGACCUGGACCUGCUGAUGAGGGCCUUCGACGUGGGCGACGUCUAAGGUGGCCGGGGUCGCCUGGUUGGACUGAAGCUUGUCUGAUGGGUGUGUCGUCUCCGAGAAGCAGGUGGACAGUUUGGUUUGAAACCAAAGAGACGACGGCAGGAAAAUCCUUGGCAAUACAACAGCACAACCCUUUAGCUUCCUGUUCGCCGGUUUGAACCCCAGCGCUGACGGGCAGCGAAGCUCCGUUCGUUCAGGCCGUCUAAAGGUCCUCAAAAGGUCCUCAGACGUUUUCAACUCAUUCUGGACUCUUGAACCACUUUUUAAAACUGAGUUGAAAAGUCUUACUUUAAAGAGCAACACGUCUGUUGCACCUGUAACCACGCCCAACAGUGAUGUCACAGUGUACCGACACGCCACCUGUACAUCACUGCAACAAGCUGCGUUACAGUUAGACCACCGGGGGGCAGCAGUUCUCUUUAAUCAUUGUUUUCUGCUUUAACUUACAAUACAUACAAACUGGACUCUUUAGUCGUGCUAAUUCACUAUGAUGACUCGUGUCACACGGACUCAUUAUUUCCAGUCGCUUCUACUUCCUGUGUCUUCGCUCACUGAAACUCAACACUUCCUGCGCAAAUGUUUCACACUAAAAGCCUUCCAAGAACUCAGCAUCUGCAGGAAGUGCUGAGUUUCAGUGAGCGAAGACACAGGAAGUAGAAGCGAAAUGAGAACAGACAGAUUGUACCAUGUGACAUGAUUACUCUGCAGGUAAUUACAGCUCCCUCAAAGUGUCUUAACAGGCCUCGGCUGUUAUUUGAAGACCAUCUUUUCUUUCAGUGAUCAUCAAAUCAUUUCAACACAUUUUAUUGGAUUCUGUUUUGCGAACCUGCUGCUUCUCUGAACACUGACAGCACCUCUUCAUCCUCCUUCACUCUGACCUGCAGACAGCGACAUUUCUCCAGAAACACUAAACUUUACAUUUAGCUGCAGCUCUGCCUCGUAGUUCGUGUAGAAACGACUCUCAGAUCGUGUCACCAGGUUUGAUUUGAACCUUCUGCUCACCUGACAGGUGUCAGUCCAGUCCGGGACACUUCUUCAUCGGGACACCAAUUAAAACACGUCCAGGUGGACGUGAUGUUAUUUAUUAUCUUAUUUACGCGAGAAGCUUGUAGUUUCCCGCGAACAACACUGUAAUAACUUUACGAACCUUUUCGUUAUCUGAGUUUGGGGAAUUUUAUCAUUUAAUAAUAUUAUGGAGUCAGGACAGUGACUUUACAUUUUGACACUGAAAACAAAACAACUGAAACGGACAUUCGUAGAUACUUUAUUGUGCGUGCUGCUUCCAGCAGACGGCAGUGAAAAGGUCACGUUAACCAGACUGAAGUCGCUGUCCUGACUCCUGAAGGCUCAGAACCUCCGCAGCAGCUGCUCUCGCUUUUACAUCCCCAAUUUAAACUUUGACAACUUUCUUUGAACUUGUCGAAUCUUAGUUUUCAGAUCAUAUAUAAAGUAAAGUUUAACACCGACUGAUGGGAAACGAGCUCAGGGAGGUCAGUGAUGAAGAGGAGGAGGCAGCUGCAGAGUCAGAUGAGAACAAAGCUCAAGCUGCUUUGUUUCCGUCACUUUCUUCCCUUGAAACCUUUAAAGCCAUAAAACCGCUGAUUGUCAGACUUUGUGCCGUCGACUGUAAAACUCUCGGCGUCCUUUCAGGAACAUAAAGCGUCAAAACUCAGCUGUUUAUGUUGUUGCAGCUCAUGAUGGGGGCAGCAGCAUGACGUCGCCUCCUGCAGGAAACAAGCGGCUGUCUUCUGUGUGCGCUCCAGGUGAAAGACAGGUGUCGUUUCAGACAUAAAAGUCUCUGAUGUCCUGCGCCGAUAAACGUCCAGAGGUCACUUAUAACUGCACCCAUUGUUGUCUGUUUCCAUGGUAACAGUGCAAACGGGAACUGCUAGUAGCUAAUGCUACAUGUCUUUAAAGGAGCAGAUUCACUAAAUGUAAACAAAUACAAGCUGUCUCCAUGACGACGUUAGACUGUGUGUUCCUAACACAAAGCAUCAUGGGACGCAUGUUUUUGACAUCAGCAUGGUUCUUGUCUUCUCUCCUGUGGACGCACAGACAGAAAACUGUAUUUCAGCGUGUUCCGUUCCACCGGCCUGCUGAGCUGAAGCACGCACUGACUCUGACUAAAGCCUGGAAACAAACGGACGGCCAGCUGAAACCAGCUGCUGAAUCCGUCGCUUAGUUCCGCGUCUGCAUCCCAAAUAAAGCCACAUUUCACCUGGUCAGGACACACCGCUUUCCGUCUCCGUGGCAACCAGAGGGACAGUCGGAGCACUAAGGUACUCAAAUACUUGUACCUGACUGUUUCCAUUCUGUGCUUCUACAUUCAUCUGCUUUAGGUACUUUUCACAUUUUACGAAGAAAACAUGAAUUAUUACGACAUUAAAGUCCUGCUUGCACAUUAACUUACUUUUGAUAAUUAACUACAUUUUGUUGAUGAUUCAAAACUAAUAGAAACAUAAAGCAGCUGCAGUGUCGCUCUUUACCUGCAGGAGGCGCAGCUGCUCUGUGAUUGGUCGAUUCUGGCUGCACCUGUUCUCAGGUUUUGUUGAUGUGUGUGUCAGUUAGUUUUAUUUUGACGGUCUGCUGCUCACUUCCUUCCUGUCGUUGGCUCUCAGGUGACUCUGUUUGAUCCGACGGCAGUUUCUCUGCUCAAUGCACAAAACACAAAGCAACAAUAUAUUCAUACAGCAUCAAAUAUUAAAGACCUGUACUCCCGUCCGUCAACUUAAUCAAUAUUUAUUCAGUAUUUUUAGCAACACUUCAGUUUGUUACAGGUCUGGAUAUCAUUUAAAAACUUGAAUAACUGAACUUUGAGUUAUUCAGCGAGAACUCAACGUGCUGCAGCCGAAGAAAACUACAAUAAAACGCAAAGAAACAAGCUGCAAAUACAAAUGUUAGUUUGAAAACAUCCUGAUUUGGUUAAAAAACAUCGUACGCCCCGGGGGAGGGGGGUGACAUUUGGAGAACAAACUCAGAACUUCCGACAUUAAAGUCGUAAAUUUCCGAGAGUAACCUCGGAUACUCUCUGAGAUGUGACGUCAUACAUUUGUUCGGUUUGUCAGUUGGUGGAUGAGCUCAACCCACAAACCCGCGUCCUGCUGGAAGCGGUCGGAGACUUCAGUUCACUUGGACCUCGCUGGUUCCUGGCUGCUCGCAGCGGCACGUUUAAUGUGCGACGUCAUAACCUCAGAGCACAGGCCGGGUUUUUCCCCGUAAAUGUGUGAGUUUGUUCUCGCAAAUGUACAACUUUAAUCUUGGAAUCUUUUUUCUCUGAGUAUUAUUUUCUUUUUCUGCGAUUCCUUUAUUAUUGGAAAUAUUAGCUCUUCACUUGGCGUCAGCCCUUUCCCGAUAAAUAAUAACUUUAUUUUUAUUGGACCACAAAGUGAAAAUAAAGUGUUUGAUUCUAAAAUCAUAGCACAUUAAAACCAACAGGAAAAAUUAUUACGAGCAAAAACACAAACUGGCCCAAACAAAAAGAUCCAUUUGUGUUUGAAGGCGAGUGAAGUGUUUCCUGAAGCUGCGGGACGUCGAGCCUCGUUUCUUCAUGUUUAACUCUUUGUUCACAUGUUGCUGCUGAAGACGCUUCAGUGCUUUAAGGGAAGGUUCACAGACUUUGAUCAGAGCUCACACUGACACACGGGUUUAGAAAAUAAUCUGGUUUGGCAACAAAUGAGUUAAAGAUUCUGAAUAUCUGUCAGAAAGAGUUUGAAGCAUCUGAAGGAAAACUGACAUUUAUGUUUUUAUGUAUCUGGACCUUUAAAUGAAGUUCAGUCUGCCAUCUGAGAGGUUUGAGAUGUUACGUUUAACAUCAUAAAGAUGUACACACACAUAUAUACAUAUAUUUAUAUACAUUAGUACUAAAGUUUUCCUUCAAGUGAUGUGAUUGGUUGAUCAAUAAGCUUGUGUGAAUCUUCCCUCUGCAGUGUUUACUGUCAGUUGUGUUCUGAUGUUUCUCAUGUAAAUGACUACAGAUAUAAUCACAUGUAAACUGAUGAUAUUUUAGAAAUGAAACUGAUGCAGAACCUAAAAAACGUCGUACAAAUAAAGGAGCAGGUUCCUCAGGAGCUUCUGCUGAAAGUCAAA